AUGGCGUACGAGAGAAAAGGCAGACAUCCAGUUAAUGAUGGCGUCAAGAAGUACUUGAACAUUGCAGUCGGUAUGACAAAUACAACGACUGAUAUUGACAAACUUUGGGACAGCAGAUCGAAUUCUCUUCAAAGGAUGGCCGCCAAUAAUGGAUCAGAAGAAAAAGAGGCAACCCUGACGUAUGAGAACUACUUGAACAUUGAGAAACUGCUCUCUUGUUUGCAACUUCGAUGUCCGAAAUUCGGCAAAUAUGUGCAUGAUGAGCAUCUGUUCAUUACCAUGCAUCAAGCCUACGAAUUGUGGUUCAAGCAGACAAUCCAUGAGGUUGAUUCCAUACGUGAAAUUCUGAAUGAAAGGCCGUUUGAUGAGAAGAAGAUGCUUAUGGUGAACAACCGAAUGGAUCGGAUUAUCCUAAUCCUGAAGCUUAUGCUGGAUCAACUGACCAUCUUGGAAACAAUGUCACCCCUCUCUUUCUUCAACUUCCGGGAUUAUCUGGCACCGGCAUCUGGUUUCCAAAGUGCUCAAUUUCGAGUAUUCGAGAACAAAAUGGGUAUCAAACCGGAUAACCGUAUCCAGUACAUGAAGCAAGAUUAUGCGGCGCAGUGUAAUCCAAUCAAACACGGUGACAUUCAAAAAGCAGUCGAAGAGGACACUCUCUUCCAACUCGUAGAGGUAUGGGGCGCCAUCUUCUAA